GUCCGCGACCGCGACGACCCCUCUGCACUUGACUGCGGCAUCGGUGCUCUGAACGCCAUAAACAUACUCACCAAUACCCAUCUCUCAUCCUCCGUAAACUUCUGCUCGGCGCUGCCCUCGCCACACGGGCUUCGCUUGCACACCAUCACCCCUCCUUGGACCGCUUGACUGCUGGUUCAACAUUACCUCUCCUCCCCCAUUACUCAUCUCUCUCAUAAGCUAUUACUCCCACCAUGUCUACCCAUGCCUCCAACUCGGCACCUUCCCAACCCGAGAUCCAGCGCAUCCUCAAACGUCUGGUCCAAUACGUCGCCCGCACCUUCUACGAGCCCAAGCACAUCGUGCUGCUGGAUCUACUUGUCAGGAAUCCAGUCAUCAAAGACGAUGAACUCGCUGGAAUGAUGGACAUGAAGCUGAAGGACGUCCAGAAGAUCGCAGCAGACCUGGCCAACGCGAGCCUAAUAAAGCUCCACCGCCAAAACGAGCUCAAAGACGGCGCCGUGCGCGCCUCGCCCAAGACCUACUACUACAUCGACUACAUCCACUUUUGCAAUGUUGUCAAGUGGCGCGUGUGGCGCAUGCAGAAGAAGAUUGACAGCACCACACGAAAUGAACUCGACAACAAAGGGUACCUGUGUACGCUAUGCAGACAGACGUAUACGGCGUUGGAGGUGGAUAAGGUCCUCGACUUCAUGAGCGGCGAGCUCAUCUGCGAAGCGUGCAAAGGGCCCGUCAUCGAGUACGAGGGCGCGGGUGCGGAGGGCGGGAACACACGGUUGCAAAGAUUCAACCAACAGAUACACCUUAUUACCAGCGGCCUCCGGAAAGUCGACGAGGCCGGUGUCCUGCCCGCCUUCGACGUCGCCGCGCACGUCAAGGCCGCGCAUGUGGAUACGCAGAGGGGGAAGAACGAGCCCGGCGCCGGCCUCCGCAUCGCAGGCGAGGGCGGCUCGCGCACGCAGGAAGCUGCCGUCGGUGUGGUGCUUGCGGCGGAGGGAGAUGAGGCUGCCGCACGAGCCGCCCGCGACGCCGCUGCCGACGCGCGGAGACAGCAGAACGCGCUGCCCGCGUGGCAUCUGAGGAGUACUGUUUCAGGCGGGCUGACCGCAUUGGGUAUCCGAGAGCAGGAACGAGAGGAGAGGGAGAGGGGCGAGCGGGGUCAGGCAAACGACGCCAAGGAAGAAGACCCCCUCAGCGGCUUCGGCGUCGUCGGCGGGGGCAGGCCGCGCGUCAAACAGGAAGAGGACCUGGAGGAUACGAAGGGCAUCUCGAUGGCCACACAAAAUGCACCUGGUACGCAGGCAGAACCGGCGGCGGCAGAUCUUGAUAUGUGGUACGCUGGUGUAAGCGUGGGCGCGGACGUUGCCACUCCAUACCUGUCCGACCCCAAUACGCCGUACACGCCCUACAGCACCAACACGCCGCCAGAAGACGACGAGGAGGACGACGCGCCGCGCGUCGUGACCAGCCUGUCUGCCUGGCGAAAACGCUCGCGGGAGGAGGAGGAUGAGGGUCGGCGCGUGCGGGUGAAGGCAGAGGAAGGCGAGUCGGGCGUGUGGGGUGGGACGAAUGGGUACGCAAACACGAACGGGUACGGCUCGACCAACGGGUACGGUGCCGCGACGAGCAACGGUUACGGCUCGACAACGAACGGCUUCGGCUCGACAACGAACGGGUACGGCGCUGGCGACUUCACCAUGGGCAGCAGCCAGGGGACCGACGUGUCAAUGGCGAAUGGCGGGGACGAUCCGACGGUGUUCGUGCAGGGCAAGCCGUAUGCGUACUCGGCGGUCACGGAGGAGCUGUACGAGCAGAUGACGGAGGAUGAGAUGACGGCGUACGUGGAGGUGAUGCAGGCGAGGGGGGUGUGAUGCGGUGUCGACAUCGGCGAGAGGCAUGUGCUGUGAGCUGGUAUACAGACAGUCGGAUUCUUUGGCGAUUGGUGUUUGUGAAUAUCUUAUUUGCUUGCGGGACGCUUGCCUAUGGACGACUUGCGAACUUUGAUUUCGGGAA